ACCCAUUCAAUUACUUAUCCAAUUGUUUACAUCCAGUGUAAUUAGAUUAGAUGCAGUUCGCAAUGGACUCUAAUUGGAUAGAUUGGCUUUUAUAAAUACUAUUUCUUGCGCUGAUCGGAUGUCAGUUCGCGGCAGCCACAGAAUGGAGGUGUUCCGUGGGGCCAGCGAUUGUCCCAACGAAUCUGUCUGGGGUCCUCAGGUCAGCUUUAGAACUGCCGAGAGAACACUAAUAUGGAACGUCCCGUUGGAGGAAUUGGAACAUGUACCAGAGCAUUGGUUCAACCAUCCGGCCCCAGAGCCGAUCUACAACUACGUACUGGGACUCGUCUAUAUGUUCUACAUGUUCUUCAGCUUCAUUGGCAAUGGUCUUGUAAUAUGGAUAUUCAGUUCAGCUAAAACCCUGCGUACACCUUCGAACAUGUUCGUGGUGAACCUGGCCAUUUGUGACCUGCUGAUGAUGGUGAAAAUUCCGAUCUUCAUCUACAACUCGUUCAACCUGGGUUUCGCGGCCGGCCAUCUUGGUUGCCAGAUAUUCGGCACAAUCGGGUCCUUCUCAGGCAUUGGCGCCAGUGCUACUAAUGCGGCCAUUGCUUAUGAUCGCUACAAUGUCAUUGCAAAACCGUUUGAUGGAAAGAUGAGCCGUGGAAAAGCGUUUCUUAUAAUUCUACUGAUUUGGGCUUACGUCACUCCAUGGUCUAUAAUGCCACUGCUGGAAGUAUGGAGCCGAUUUGUGCCGGAGGGUUUUCUGACGAGCUGCUCUUUCGAUUACUUGACCAAGACUGAUAGUAUACGCUAUUGGACGGCCACCAUGUUUGUGAUCUGCUACUGUAUCCCCAUGAGUAUGAUCAUCUACUAUUACUCACAAAUAGUCAGUCACGUGGUCAACCAUGAGAAGGCACUACGCAAACAAGCGAAGAAAAUGAAUGUAGACUCUUUGAGGAGCAAUCAAGCUGCGCAGAGCAUGUCGGCAGAGGUGCGCAUAGCCAAGGUUGCCAUCACAAUAUGCGCUCUAUUUGUGGCUGCUUGGACGCCCUAUGCCAUAGUUGCUCUAAUUGGCGCAUUCGGCAAUCAAUCUCUACUGACACCCGGGGUCACAAUGAUUCCAGCUUUAGCUUGCAAAUCGGUGGCAUGCAUUGAUCCCUAUGUAUAUGCCAUCAGUCAUCCACGUUACAGGAUGGAGUUGGCAAAACGUCUACCAUGGCUGAAAAUCAAGGAGACCCCAACAGCUUCUGAAACUCAAUCUACAGUCACAGAAAGUACAGUCACAGCGACUCCAGCUGAAUAAGAUCAUAUUCUGUGAUGGUCACCAAUACUCACAUAGGGCCUGGUUCAUUUCAAACUGUGAGGGAACCGUAAGCUAUUCCAAUUAUUUAUUUAUCUGAAAUGAAAAAUUAUUUUA